ACACAUGUUUGCUUAAUUUUUUAAGCAAAAUUAUUCAAUUCAGUUAGUGAUAUUUUAGUGUGUAGAAAAUUAAGAAAUAAUAAGAAACAUGGAAGCGGAAUUGAUAAAAAAUGAUGACGAGAAAGAUAAAACAGAUACAUUUGAAGAUAUUUUACAUAUUGUUGGAAAUAAUGGACCAUUUCAAAAAAGAUUUAUUUGGAUAUAUAAUUUUACAUAUGCAUUAAUUUUAUCUAUGAUUUAUUAUAAUAUUUUAAUGGCAUUGGCAAUACCAAAACAUUGGUGUUAUGUACCUGGACGUGAAAAUACAAAUUUAACAUUAGAAAAAUGGUGGGAGUUAACAAUACCUGUGGAAACUGACAGUUAUGGACAAGAUGCCUUCAGCAAAUGUAAACAUUACAGUUCUGAUAAUAAAACAUCCACAACAACUUGCCAAAAUGGUUGGGAGUAUGAUAAAACUUGGUAUGAAACGACAAUUGUUUCAGAUAAUGAUUGGGUUUGUGACAGAGAAGUUUAUGUUACACAGUCUUUUGUCUACGCACGUUUGGGAGAAUUUGCAGGCACUCUUAUCGCUGGAAGUCUUGGUGAUAUCUUAGGACGGAGAUUUAUAAUCGUUUUUACAAUAUUGUCAUUAGUUUUGAAUCGAAUAUGUAUGUUAUUUAUUUCCUCAAAUUAUGGUUGGUUUAUGGUUCUAAGUGUAUUAAGUUCAACAACAGUAAAUACAGGAUUCUUGGCAUCAUUAACUAUUGGUAUGGAAAUUACUGAUGCCAAAUUACGUGAAACGGUAUUAUCCGCUCAAUAUAUCGGAUGGAGCCUUGGUGUGGCUAUUUUAUCGUUUAUAAUGUGGAUUAUUCGUCGAUGGGACUAUUUAUUUUUAAUAUCAACUGUACCUGCACUUUGUCUGUUUAUAUUCUUUAGAUACUUAAUUGAAUCUCCUCGUUGGUUGAUGUCCCGCGGUAAAAUUCACAAAGCAUAUGUCCAGUUAAAACGUGUUGCUGACAUCAAUAACAAAGAACUACCUGACAAUUUUUUGGAUCGCUUGUAUGCUAUGAACAAAAAACGCACAAAACAAAAAAAUGGUUUAUUAAGUUUAGUAUCAAGUUGGCGACUAUUUAAAAAUACGGUUUUGCUUACAAUUUGCUGGAGUACAGUGUUACUUGUAUUACAAAUAUUAAUUUAUAACUUUGGUAACUUAAAAGGAAAUCCAUUUCUUAUAUUUUUCUUGUUGGCCAUGGCUGAGCUACCGGUGAAUAUUUUUGGAAAAUUGUUUAGCAAAUAUUUUGGACGACGAUUGGUUCAAUUUUGCGCGUUUAUGUGUGCAGCAAUUUCGGCUCUGGUUGUAAUUUAUUAUUGUGAAGAUGAUAGACCGAUUUUGACUCUUGGUUUAGUUUUAUUUGUUAAAUUUUUCUCAUAUCUUGCGGUAUAUAUAAUCGACCUGCAAGCAAUGGAAAUUUUCCCAACUAAUGCGAGGCAAACUGGUACUGGUCUCUGUCUUUUUAUUUCAAGCGCUGUUUGUUGCAUAAGUCCCUAUAUUACAUAUUUGGGAUCUACAUACGAUAGUCGCUAUCCGUAUGUUGUAGUAUUUUUAUUAGUUCUAAUUGGUGGAAUAAGUGGUACAUUUUUACCAGAAACGUCAGAUAUAGCAUUACCAGAAACUACAGAAGAUGCUCGUGUGUUUGGAAAAGAUCAAUCAUAUUGGAAUUUCUUAAAUCGUAAGAGUAAAUAUGAACCACCAAAAAAGAAGUAUGGCCAAAUAACAUGUUAAGUAUUUAUAAUAAAAAUAUU